GACGGUGUGGGAGAGAGACACAGACACACACACACGUGGUGACGUAACGCGGAACGCGCCCGGGUGUCACGUGGGGCGGCGGGCACGUCCCCGUGUUGACGCGAUAGGAGAGCGGUGGUGGUUUUGGGGGACGCACUUGCAAACAAAUUUUUUUGUUUCUUUAUAACCGCGGCGUUCUCUCUCGCCAGGUUCACCGACCACCGGCACUCGGGCGCGCGAUGGCGACUUGCUAAGUCGCCGGGUCGUGGUCUUUUUUUUGUUGUUUUCUGCGGUCGGCGGGAGCGAGAGGUGGGUGGGUGGAGCGGUGGGGGGGAGACAUUAACGGGCCAAAUGGAGGCGUCCGUGGUCAAAGAUGAGUCGAAGGGGGGGCCCGUGUUGCACGUAGCCGUGGUGGGCUUCCACCACAAGAAGGGCUGCCAGGUGGAGUUCUCGUAUCCGCCUUUGCUGGAGAAAGAGGGGCAUGACAGCCACAGCCUACCCGAGGAGUGGAAGUACCUGCCCUUCCUUGCGCUACCAGAUGGAGCUCACAACUUCCAGGAGGACACGGUGUUUUUCCUACUUCCUGCACGUGACGGAGAGAAAGGAACGGUGUACGGUGUUUCCUGCUACAAGCAGAUUGAAGCAAAGACACUGAAAGUCCGUGAAGCAGAUGUGACCAGGGAGACGGUGCAGAAGAGUGUCUGUGUGCUCAGCAACACGCCACUGUUUGGUCUGCUGCAAGCAAAGCUGCAGCUCAUUACGCAUGCCUAUUUCGAAGAGAAGGAUUUUUCUCAGAUUUCAAUCCUCAAGGAGUUGUACGACCAUGUGAACAGCUCCCUCAAGGGAAGCCUGUUGGAAGGCUCCCAAGCGUUCCUAGGUCUGUCUGCACGUGAUCUGGUGUUGCGUUUCAAGCACAAGGUUCUCAUAUUAUUCAAGCUUCUGCUACUGGAAAAGAAGGUCAUGUUUGUAGGCUCCCCAGUUCACAAGCUAGUUUCUCCAAUGAUUGCUCUGCUAUCUCUCUUUCCAGGCAUGAUAGAGUAUGGCCUACUGGAAUCGUCAUGGUACAAGCCACACAGCAGUGUGUCCUCGGAACGCGACGUAACAGACGUCAGCACGGAUGAAUUUGUGUCUGUGUCCGCAUCGGACAUCCCCGAGCCUGGCGAGUCUCGUUCCCAGUCGGAGGACACCAACGGGCAGCUGGACGAGAACAGCCCAACUCCGGAUAGUGACACAAGCCUCGGCCGAACGCCCACGGCAGUCGUGCUGCUCAGGCCAGAGGAAGAGUCGGCACAGCGCUCCCAGGACCGCCUCAGCCCGUACCGCUCGCGCAAGACCCGCCCGUCGCCGGCUUCCUCCGAGAGCGACUGGGAGACUCUCGACCCUGGACUGGAAGGCGAAGACCUGGGACCGCUUGCCACAAAGGCACAGGAGCAGGACUAUCCUGUGGAGCAAGGCGUGGGAUCUCUCAUCUUGUCACCGGCACAGGAUGAGGAGAGCGCAGCGAGGGCGACGUCGGUUCUCCCCGUAGCGCCGUUAGGCCCGGUUCACGCGCAAGUUGGCAAGCAGGAUGAUCAAGCAGCCAAGCGUGACGUUCACGUGCCGGGAAUUGUGUCUGGGUUGGAGGAGGACCUACAUGGUAUGCCGUUGCCCAUCUUCACCAAGGGCUAUCUGCUGCUGCCCUACAUGGCUCUCCAGCAGCAUCACCUCCUCUCGGACGUGUCGGUCCGUGGGUUCCUCGCAGGUGCCACCAACGUCUUGUUCCGCCAGCAGAAACACCUCUCGGAUGUCAUCGUCGAUGUGGAAGAGUGUCGGCUGGAAAUACAGGACCCAGAGCUGCGGCGCAUGCUGGCACUUGGCACGGCUGAUCUUCGCUUUGCAGACUGGCUGGUAAAGCAUGUAGCGGAUAAUCGACAAGACGUCUUCCUUGACGGCACGGGUUGGGAGGGUGGCGAUGAGUGGGUGCGGAGCCAGUUCUCCUUCUACUUGCUGUCGCUCCUGGCGACCACAUUGCAGCCAGACAAUGAGAAGCUUUUGGCUGAUUUUGGUAUGGGCUUUGUGACUGCUUGGCAAGAUACACACAAUUAUCGUGUGUGGAACAGCAACACGCACCCUGGAAUGGAUGAUGUCCAAGCAGGACAUGCUUUUCAUGGGCAGUAUAGUGUGGCUGACGUCAAGUUGCGUCUAGCUCACUCUGUGUCAAACAGUGAGCGAGGCAAGAAGAUUGGGAAUGCUGUGAUAACUACAAGUCGCUCCGUAGUGCAAACCAGCAAAGCUGUUGGCCAUUCCGUGGGGGGAGCCCUCACCAACGCCAAGAGUGCAAUGUCGUCUUGGUUUACCAACCUAACCACACAGCCAGCUGAAAAGCAGCCCGACAAGGACUGAGGGCAAACCUGUGACCCGAUUGGAGGCAUCACUUUCUGAAUGUGGGCCAUAAUGAGCAGUCCUAUCCACUCCACUGCCUGCAGUAUCAGCCUGUGUGAUUAACUCUUGCCUUGCUGUUGCUUCUCGAUUUGCAAUAUUCUUUUUGUUUUCAAAUUGUAAUUGUGUUGCGAGGCAUAAUCUGCCCAGUGGCUUUUUAAAAUUGUAUCUCAGCAUUUGCAACUAUGUCCAGAGUCUCUGGUGUAUUACCUGAGAUAGCCUUUGCAAAAACAUGAGUAGCUUUGUGUUGUACGACUCUUUGGUUCCCCCUCCCCCCACACAAGUAUGGCUUCAUGUUGACUGAUGCUUAUUUACAUGUUACAUUUUCUUUUCUUCCUGUUAAAACCUGACAGUGCAUCUGAGUUAUUAAUCAUUGUGAUGCUCCAUUUCUGGAUGAUUGAAUAACUAUACUGCGAUUGACACCAUUACAUUUGUACACCCAUUGUAUAAUCGUAACUGUUUAAAUGCAGCUCCCAAAAAUAAUGGAGUGCUUUCACAUUAUGUGAGCAUCAUGUGAUAAUUUCUAAUGAAUGUGCAAUCAGUAGCUCUUGCAAAGCCUCGUAUAGCAGUUUAUACAUGCAACCUUUGUUUACAGCUCCCUGUCACUUGGAGACGUGUGUUUUACUGUAUAGCCAUGCAAGUUCAUGGGGGGAUAUGCAUAGCACUUCUCAAGAAAUAUUGAUCCUGUCAAGUACAUGUUGAUGUUGAGUCUUCUAGAUUAGCUAUCCAUAAUAUUCAAGCCGAAGCACGUUCGUUUACGAUAGUGCUACAGUAAUGGCUCUAGCAGAUAAAUCCACUUGGCAGUACAACAUUAAUCAACCACAAUGAUUAACAAUUCAGAUAAUAGUGAGGACUGCUGUGCUUGAGUAACCAGUAUUUAUACAAAUAAUAAUUGGAUUAAUCAUGGGCAUUAUCUUGAAAGGUACACUUCUCUAGCUCCUAACACAGAUAUUUGGGUGAAAAGUAACAUUCCAAGAGAAAUUUCCUAUAAAUUGGUCAUUUUAUACAUACAUGUGUAUGAGUUAAAUAUCUGACUUGAAGCUAUUUGUGGUUCCAGAAAGUUUGUUCAUACUGCAUAGUGGAAAUGAGGCAUUCCACUCAACUCUUGGUAUACACUAUGCUACUUCAUACAAUGUACGAAUAUAACAUUCUCUACUUAUUCCUUUUGAAAGCAGCUGAGAGGAUAAUUCAUAGAUGUGUGCAAUAUUGAGCGAUUGGUGUGACAUUCACAUCUCAAAAUAGUAAUGGAUCAGUCAAAACAGAAUGGGACCCAUGAUGUGGCAAGGCAUUUUACAGGUUGCUUUUGUUAGUAAUUGUUUUACUGUAGACCUCAGAUAUCUAUCAUCUGUAUGGUAUAAUACAGUUUUGAUGACUCAAGAUUUGUGUAGUUUUGGGAGCUAUUUUAAGUGUUUAAGUGUGUGUAUGGGUAAACGGGUAAAGUGUAGGAUAAUUUUAUGAAAUAUUUAUAGUCCUUUUGGGUUUUGUAUGCAAGAUACGAGUUACAUUGCAUUUGAGCUCUCCGAUGACUUUUUUUGGGUUGUAUUGUGUCUUGUUCGUCAUGUCCAUAGUUUCGCUCCACGUGCUGUGAGCCUCUCCAGCACAUGGUGUGAAACAGACAUCAUUCCGAACAGCACGUAGUAGUUCAUCCUGAACACCCACGGAGAGCCAUACAGCAUAACUGCAAAAACCUACAAGGCAGUUCAUUGCUUUUAACAUUUGCAGUAAUCUUGGAUUCAUACAUGAAGGUGUACUUUCUACAUUGACACGGCCAAUGUGAUGCAGAUAUUACUUUUGUCAACUUGACCAGUCCAUACUUUAAUCCUUAGGCCUCAGCCACUAUUGUAGUAUUGAAUUUAUGUUGUAUGUGUUUAUAACUACAUCGGUCAUCAAUUAAAUUUAUAGUCAUCUGUAUUUCAGAGAAAUAAGUAUACAGUAUUCUCUUCAAAUGAACCAUAUAUUGAGCAGCUCAUCGUUCCCAUGGACCAAAGGAUUGACUGCCCCUUGCUGUAUUGGACAUCACUUGGGUUUUACACACUUUCAGUUGGCACUAGUAAUCUAACAAAUGGUAGUAGUAAUAUGUAUAGCUCACAAUUGUGGCUUGUAUAGUAAUAGCAUAAACAAAACGGUGUAUUAUAAGCUAGUGAUGUUACUGCCUCUCAUAGGUUAGAGCCCAGUUGUGAUUUUGCACAUGGUCCAGAUUGAGGUGCAGAAUCAAUGUUAAAUGUUGUACUAAUGCCAUCCUUCAACUAGACCAAACGUGCAUCUCCCAUAUCAUGGUGUAUUUUGUGCAUUUUUAAAUGAGCCUCAAGUUAAUCAAAUUGAACACGUAUCCCACUGAUUAUAAAAUAUUGCAUCGUGUGUGGUAAGUUUCAAAAUAUGCAUUUCCGUUUAAUCUUGCAAAACAGUUGAUAUUCGAUGAAAAAUAUAUGUACUAGUGAUGUGUUCUGUGUUGUCCUAACAGUACAGGUAUUGCCCGUUUUAACCUAUUGCCGUCAAUUUUUAACGAAUAUAAUUUGGUUAAAUAAUGUUUUAGGUGCCGUUUAAUAAACUCGUAAACUUUUCCACAAUAUAUACUCUUACAAAAAUUGUUAUCUUUGGCAUCAUGAAACCUGCAUUCAAACUUUAACUUGUCAUGAAUUGUGCCUGCUGCACGUAUGAACUUAUACAGGAUAAUGCAGUUAUUUGAAUGUUUACCUGACUUAAUGUUGCAGAAUACAUUCCUAUGAACACCAAUAUAUGGUAAUAUGCUAUUAUUUGUUAAGUCUUGCCAACAGCCUGCAUAAGAUGUAUUUGUAAAUCAUAUGGUAAGUACUAUGCCCAUCUCUUUGACUUGUAUAUAAAAAUCCUUCAACAAUUA